UUUGGAAGCACCAAGUACAAUUUUCAUUGAUUCCAAACUUAGUUGGUGUUCAUGCUACCACCUUGUGGCCAUCCCUAAGAUGGUAUCACUUCCAAACUUAUCUCUCUGUCCCUGAGGCAGGUGAAGGGAAAUACAACCUUGGUGAUAGACCUUUCCUAAAGUCCUGCUCCUUUUUAAUCGCUUGUAGGUUGGAGAAACCUUUUCUCUGGAGCCUGAGGAGCCAAAUAUACUCCCUCCUAAACUGAGUUUUGUACAUAGCCUUCAGCCUUGCUCAGGAGUUUUUUUUGGACAUGAUCUCACUAAGGGCAGGUGGCAACCCUAGGCUUCUUAGCUUCAAGGUUCAGUUCUUGGCUGUUCUGGAUCCUUUUCGCACCUGCUUCUCUGGGCAUUUGCUUGGCCCUUAUCACAAUUGGUCAACUGUACACUUUCCUGGAGUCAGGGAAGUGUAUGGAGGUUACAUACACUUAUAUAACCAGUGAUAAGUAAGCUGUGUAAUCCCAUGCAACAUCCCAGGAAAUGAAUUGUAUUUAAGCCAGGAGAAUGAAUUACCUUCUCUUUCCCCCUUGGCACCUUUACUGAGGGGGUGGUUAACUUAGAUAGGAGUUGCAAAUAUGCAUUAGUGACUGUCCUUGGGACUAUAUAAAGGGCAAAUAUGGAUAGUGUUUGAAAGAUGGAGUUGAACAAGAAGAAGCAGGUUUUGAAGCCAGGAAAAACUGGGUUCAUAUUGUACCUCUGAUACAUUCUGGGUGUGUGAAUCUAGUCAAAUCAUUUAAUUUCCCGGUGUCUUCUUCAGGACUAUAAAUCACAGAAAAAAAAUGCUGAUAUGUAUUGAUAAAUGGAAUUUCCUGAUCAGAGAGUUCCCAAUACCAGUAAAAGCCUAGAUUGACAGUGUUUGAAAGGCAGGGUUGAAAAGUGCAUGAAGAGCUCUGUGGGAUUGUGUUUGAAUAAUUGAAUAAUACAUGCAUGAAAGAGAGAAAACAGUCAGCUGGGUAUAGCUCUGGGUUAGUAGAGAAUCAUAAGAGAAAGAUGAUUUUAUUCCUCUAAAAUCAAUAACUGUUUCUGAAGGUCAAUAGAGCUUUAGGAGAUGUCUUUGGUUAUAUCAUCAACAAAUGUCUCCCUAAACUUAGGAAACACUAUUUUUGAAACUGCUCAAUUCACAAAGUUACAAUGGAGUCAUAGUCAGUUCCAUAUCCUGGAUUGACCAUAUUUCAGGAAAUAGAGGACAUAAUGAAACAUGUUAGUUAAUGCCAAACAUCUGGAAUAUACACUGGAAUCCCAAAGCCAAUUGAAUUACCAACAGCUUCCAAGAGAAAACCUAAAGGAUUUUUAGAAAAUUGGCCCCCAGUAAGUUUCAAAAUGUGAAUGAAAAUGCUUGAUAAAAAUUCUCAGGUGUGAGACUCAGGGGACCCCAACUAUAGAUUUCCAGGACAAACUUUGAUCCUACUUCUCCACAUUUAAUGAAAGGGCAAGUAUAUUCUCAGUAUAAAGCCCUCAUUAAAAUUGGUUAAAAAAAAAAACGAUCAAAAGCAAGAUUAAAACACUUAUUCACUUGUAUGGUACAAUGGACAGAGUCAGGCCUAUCAAACUCAGAAAGUUAAUACCCCAGACAGGCAGGAUGUUAUUAGCUCAGAUCUUAUACAAUCAGCUCAAUGAAGGGAAACCAGGCUAACUGGAUAUGUGGUGGUCACUCCUGGGUAUAAGUUCUGGAGCCACCCAUCCCUUCAAGACAUUAUUGAUUUCUGAAGUGGAUAGAUCAGAAAUCAAAGAAAAUGAAGUCCAUCCUACUAAGUUUCCUCCUAGGAUUGAUUUGUGUGCCUCUGGUACAGACAGAUGUCCUAGUACAGCCAGACUUUGAUGCCAAACAGGUAAUGGUUGUGCUUUUUUGUUUCUUUUGCUGGGGAUGGUGGUGUAGGAGAGGUAUUCAGUACCAAUGGAGAGUCCAGUCUUUUUGGAAGAUUAAAUGCUCAGCAAACUGUUUCCUACUUGUAGUUUUCCCUAAGCUCAGAUAUUUUUCUGACCACUUCUUUUCAAAGGAUCUACUGAAACUCCUAGUGAUUUAUCAUUAUCUGUUUCAGUCAGACAAGCAAAACAAUAGUAGAGGACACAAAUUCAGUUAGUCACCUGGGUCAUCAUCGUCAGUAUCAUUGUUAUAAUGAGGUAUAAUUAGUAAUUUUUGCACCCGAAUGAGUAGUGAUAGAGCAGGGUAUAUGGCCUAUCAAAUUCAAAUUUGAUCCAAUGAGUGGUUCUCUAAUGGCCCACUAAUGGUUGCAUUUUUAUGAUCUAUCUCUUUACCUAUCCAUCCAAUGUUUCCUGUAGACUGUUCGCUGUCUAUUCACCUACUCUAUGGCACUGAACUUUUAAAGUUUUUCUUGACAGGUGGAGCUGAGAGUCAAUUAGUUUCUAGGCAAGUCUCAGCAAUGCUUAGUUUUCAUGAGAUCAUUUAUUUACUAGUUAGCUAAUUGCUAAUUAGUUGGUGAUUGUUAAAAAUCUUUCCUAUAGGUAAAGAUGUAACUAGAAUGGGAUGAAUAAAACUUUAUGCCAAGUUGCCAGUUCUUCCUCCCUGUGGUAACCAAUGUCUUAAAGUCUCACCUUACAGUCACAUGUGCCCUUGGGUCAGCUCCCUCAUAGUGCCCUCUCAUUGUAGCCCCUCUCUUUCAGAGCCCAUUUUUAUUGUCAGCCUCUGCAAGAAUUGCCCUAUUCUGCCCUAUUCUGGAGACUCAUGGUUAGACUAUUCCAUGGGCUCAUUGCCACUAACUGUCUCUUUCCCAACAUCAUUACUUUCCAUUUUCCCUUGUGCUUUCAAUCAUUAUUAGGACAGGGAUGCCCAAACUAAGCCUUAUACAGGAAGCAAGGGAGCCCAAGGCUAUUUUUGGAAGCUACCAUUCAAUCUCUCCUUUCCUUCUGAAACAUUAUAAGCUCAAACAUAGGAGACAGAUACACUGGAAUUCUUGACUUAUUGUGACUAGAGUUCUGAUUUAUUAUGUGAUUUAUUCAAGCAAAUCAUUCAAUUUCUCUAAUCUCUUUAUCCAUCUGGGUAUCCUGAAUAGAAUGGACAAGCAGAAUGUCUUGUGACUGUCUUGCCCAUAAACUGUUCUCCUCAGUUUUCAGGCUUGUGGUAUGUCGUUUCCAUGGUGUCAGAUUGCAAGGUCUUCCUCGGCAAGAAGGAAAGUAUAUUAAUGUCAACAAGAUUAAUAAAUGCCACGGAAGGAGGCAACCUCACUGUUCAUAUGGCUUUCCCUGGGGCUGAUGGCUGUAAGACAAUGGAUGCUGAGUAUAUAAAGAUAGGCUCUGAAGGUCACUUCAAAGUGCCUGCUAAUGGCUUCCUGGAUGUGCGUGUGGCUGAGACUGAUUACAAUUCCUACUGCAUUCUGUACAUCUACAAGGAGCUGGAUGGGGUAUUCAGCACCAUGGUUCAGCUAUUCAGUAGGACCCAGGGUGUGAGUGGCAAGGCUCUGAGAGCAUUCCAGGAUUUCUAUCCUAUUGUGGGACUUGAGGAUGACAUGAUGUCUCUGCUCUCCAAGUCAGACGCUUGUUCCCAGGAAAACAUUGAGGGAAAAGCCUAGAGAAGACUUCUUGGGUCACCAACAGAGAAAAUGGAAUCAGUAAGGAAUCAGAGAUAUUUGAGCAUUCCCGAGAGACUCCAUCAGGAGAGUCCUUCUUGUUCCUCUUCUAUGACCCUGCUUUGUGACUUUUCCUGGAAUUUUUCCUUCUGUAUUGAAUAAAUAGACUUUUAAAGAUUUCCAACUAGGCUCCAGACAGAUCCUUAAACACAUCUUUAUCAAGUUCAUUUUGACCCCAGAGAGUAAUAAAGGAAAAUUAAAAUUUUUGACCUUUAGAAAAAUAGAAGGAUCAAGCUGGAAGAAAUCUUAGAGAUCUCAGUUCAAUUUUCUAUCCUAACAGGAUUCCUCCUUAUGUCUCUGAUGAGAGUGGUUAACCCAGACUUUGCUUAGAUUAUUUUGAUGAUGAUGGUCUCAUCUUACCUCGAGUACCUGGUCCAUUCUAUUUCUGGACAACUCUGUUAGGAAGUUCUUUUUCAACUUGAGAAGGAACAACCCAAGGGGAAUCCAAAAGUCAGGAUAUAUUUGGAUGGAAAUGUCGACCUUUCUCAUCAUUAUGAAGUAAAAGAUUGUAAUAAGAAGACCAGCAGUUAGAUGGCACAGUGGAUAGAGCACAAAGGCUGAAAUCAGGAGAACCCGAGUUCAAACUCAGCCUCAGAAACUUAAUACUUCCUAGCUGUGUGACCCUGGGCAAGUCACUUAAUCCCAAUUGCCUCAGGGGAGAGGGGGAAACAGCUCCAACUGAUAGGAUCUUCUAGUCAAGUGUU